GAGAAGGACUCGGUGAGAAGUGGUCAGUUGGGCAGUUGACUCUCUCCCUGUUCGGAUGGUUCACGACUCUCCGCUGUUUGUUCAACAUCUUUUUGUGGACGUGUGCAUCUCAUUAUCAUCUGCUAGACCUUUGCCUCCUGCGAAAAAAGAAAGAAAGAACCAACACAUUGGAUUAUUAUACACAACUAUGCGCGCACUAGUGUCUGUGAGAUCGGAUCCUUCCGGCUAUUUGAAGGCCGUGUGUCUGUGAUUUCCUUCUGGGAAACUUAAAGUGAAGAAGAAGAAAAAACAACAAAACACUAAUCCUUACGACGUUGAAACAAAACAAGGGGAAAUGUUGAAUCCUGUGACAUUGUUGGACAGGCGGCGAACAAAUGCCGACGAUGAGCAGCGUGAGAAAAGGUCAUCACCUCGUUUCUCGCGACGGAUUAGCGUCAAAAGUUUACGCGUUUUUUGGGUGCCCCUGAUUGCCUGUUUUAUCCUUCCCUUAUUUAUGUGCCCCUCACAAGCUGCAGCCGAUGGAUGUGACUGGAUUGGCAGUGGUUUGGAGAGUCCAUCGAGCGAAGAUCAGACACAACAACAGCCACAAUCACAUCGCGGAGUGAAGCCAGUCUACCUGCGAUGUAGUCAAGGUUCCGUCUCUUGGCUCUAUCCCCGUGGUGCCUUGCGGGUGGUGCUCCGCUACGGAACAGCUGGCAAGGAAUUCCAGGGAUGUCUGAAAUUAUCAGCUGAUUUUGGUGGCGCCAACAUUUACGUGGAACAACACCGGACGCUGAAAUUGUUACACAGCGCAUCGUCAUCGGCGAUAUUGCGACCGGAUGGCAAACGCCACUGUUUCGACAGCCACCAGGGUCAGGUGGCGCUGUUUCUCGAAUCAGAUUCACCCGGAGUCGGUGGCUCGGAUCCCCUUCGAAGGGAAACGGCCGCCUUCGAUUACGAUCUCCAACUGAUCGAGGAGGAAAACGAUCAGUCACACGAUCCUUGGCAAGAAUGUCGACCUUGCAGCGUCAAAGAGUCGUUGGAAAUGUUUUGUAGCAGUGAUUUUGUUGCUAGAGGCUUCAUCUCGUCUGUUUACAACGACGCCCAAUUAGAGAGGACGCUGCUCAAGGUGCGGGCAACGCGGGUCAUCCGGCAGGCCUCGUCCGUCUUUCAACCCGUUAAUCGCAGAUCAGCGUCUUUGCCAAAGCGGAAACGACGGAGUCCGUUGACGCCUAAACGCCUCAUUCCAAUUCCGUCCAAAUGGAAGGGAAUGGACGGCGUCGAAGAGGAUUUAACGGACAGUGAAAUGGACAACAGUUUGCUGGACGACGAGCACACUGGAACGCUUCACGUGCCGUUAACGUGUCAGGUGAAACACGGCAGCGGUGAGUUCGUGUUUAUGGGCCGGAAGCGAUUGGGUGACGCUGUUCUUUGGUGCGCCCCACGACUGGAAGAAUGGCAACAGUGGGUUCAUCAGGCUCAGAUGGAUGGAUCUGCCCAGUGCCGCUUGGAGGCGUGAAAAUCGGUUAUCUCAUUCCCCCCCUUUCCGCUGUGACAUUUGAUUUCACCCGUCUGAUGUGAUGUGCCAUUUUUUUUCCGUGUGCGUUUAUCAUCGUGCGUCUUUUAUUUGUCGAACCGUCGUCUGCCAAUCAAAACGUUUUGAUUGGCAGGUCGGCGUGCAGACGCCCCCCCUCGAUUCUACGUCAAUUUUAUCAUAUGUAAAUGAAGAAAACAGAUUAUGUGUACAUUUUUCUAUAAAACAGAGCGUCUCAAUUGUUUGUUUUUUUUUUUUUAAUGUGUGUCGAGUCUGCGAAAGGCGGACGCCAAUUCGGAAAAGAAAAACAAAGGAAAACUCAAAUUUUUAACAAGGGAAAACAAGAAUUCACUGAUUAUGUGCCUUUAUCUGAUUGUGUGUAUGAUGAAGCCUUGACGCACACCUGUGGAUAUCAAUUUGUACAGACAGUUUUGCGCGUUGACCUUAACGUUUGUGCCUGUGCUGUGUGCGUGUGUCUCCAUGCACGCACUUGUUUACCUUUUUUUAUUUUCCUUUUUGUAUUUUUGGCAGUCAACUGUGAUACGAAUUACUACGUGCAUCAAAGAAAUACAUGAAAACAAAAUUUUGUACGAA